GAUCCCAGCCAAGCUGGCAGCCGCUCCCACAGCCUCAACACGCCGGCGUGGCUAACACAUCAUGGGAAGCUGGAGGCACCUCUCGUCCAUCAGCCGCCUUCUUCACACCAAGUGGAAUUCCUGGAACCUCAGAAGGCGCAGGAGCGGAGCACGGAGGCUGCCGAGGCCCUUCUUGAUGCUGCGAUGUCCAGGCUUGAGGCGAAAUUGGACCUGCUGCUAGCUGAAAGUCGAGCCCGACCUAGAGAUGCUCUGCAUCCAGGAGUUGGAAGUGAAGAAAUGGGCAUUUUUGCAAGGGAGCGAAAACAGCGGAAGAAAGGUGGCAAGAAGAUGCUACAUCCCGAGGCAUUCCGAAGCAUGUACAUGAAUCACGGCCGCCGAAUCUCGGUACUGGACAUGCGAGCCGCCGGCGAUCCAGAUGGACACGCUCCCCGCCGGAGAAGUCUCCGCCAAACCGGAGACGAGGCUGGCCUUACGUCUUUUGCAAGGCAGAUGAGCCCUUUCCACACAGAAGACGCUAAUUUCAAGCCUUUCAGGCCAGUUUCACCCAAGGGCCAAUCCGGCCAAUCGCCGAUGGACAUUUAA